AGUGCAGAGAGCGCACUCGUGGCUCCCUUUAAUGAAUCGACGUGAAAUUAUCAGACGGACAAUGCAGUUGUUGAUGGUGCAAUCAGGCAUGCCCAUGCGCGAUCUCACUGUUGCAAAAGAAGUAACACUUGCACUCAUGCAUUAGUCAGCCUAUGGAGGUUGUGAAAGGUUUGCAACAGAACCAGAAACGGACGUGUAACGUUUCCCGCUGGCAGAUUUCAAGAAAUAGGUGCCAUAGUUGAGCUCCACCUUCCAGAUUAAGAAGGGGGAAAAAAAGUGGCACCAGUGUUGUAAUAACAAACCAAGCUUUAAAUAAUGCAACAAAUAUCGUACGCUCCGGGGUACAAGUUUGAUGUUUCCGAAAACUUUGAAAGCAGCAUUUCAUGAUUCCGCCCCACCAGGAAGACGCAGAGAACAAGAACUAACCAUAGGAACAGGGGUGAGGAGGCCAAGAGAGAAGGAUUUUUUUUUUUUUUCCUUUUCGACAACAGCUAACUGCGUCUGUUUACCUCAAUGGACAGUCGAGAGGUGGGAGAUUUACUGGACGAGUGCCUCGGGGCAGCAAAAGCAGCAGGUCGGCAGUCCACCGGGGUGUCUGAGGCAGAGCGGCUGAACUACUGCAGCUGCAGAGACUCGCUGUGUGCCGAACUGGCCUCCCUCCUGCAGGAAGCCAUGGACAUGAAAUGGCCUUUUGCACCAGAGAAGUGGCAGUAUAAGCAGUCUGUCAGCGCCACUGACAAAACCAACCUCAAUGACCUCAUCAGCAAGCACUUGUCUCAACUACUGGAUCUCCUGAAGGCCUCCAUCAGGGCUGAGGAGGCACAUUGUGCACUUGCAGUUGUCUUCUUAGUGGACCGCUACCUCUACUGGACUGAUGAUUCAAGCCUCCUGCUGAAGAUUGCCAAGCUUCUCCACAGACGCUACCCCGAGACCCCCAUAGCCCCCCAGCUGGUCAUACGGCAGGCCAGGCUCUAUUUUAACUCGGGAAAACUGCAGAAGGCAGAGUACAUCCUGAGCAGCCUGAUUAACAACAGCGGGACGACAGGUCGUUGGAUAUACCACUCUGAAAGUGACCGGGUGCUCGUGCAGGCUGUGAGUGUUCAAGUGCGUGGCACGAUUUUGCAAAAGCUGGGCCUGUGGUUAGAGGCAGCAGAGCUAAUAUGGGCUUCCUUGGUUGGGUACUACUCACUUCCUCAACCUGACAAAAAGGGUAUUGGAACUUCCCUUGGUAUACUGGCCAAUAUAUUGGUAUCUAUGAAUAAUGAGGACUUCCAUGCCUUUAGGACUAAUCCAGAUAUUGAUUUUACAACCCAAGGUACCUGCUUGCUAUCAUACAGUUUCUCUGUGGAGUGCCCAGAUUCUCAAAGACAGUCAUUUCUCCAGCAGGCUCAAGAAGCAUUUACAAUUGGCCUUCUAACCAGAGCAGAGGGUGAUCUGGUAACCAGCAAGCAGGAGCUUCAUACCUUUCUCAAGGCUGCCUAUUCCCUCACUGUCACUCACAAGUGGCUUGGAACUCCUUUGGAGGUUGUAGCACAGGCAGUUCAAGCUUGUCAAAAUGCUUUAUCUAGUUUUUACAGUUACUGCCACGCAGGUACCCAAGACAAAGACAGCCUGUGCACUGAGAUCAUGCACCUGGUCACCCAAGUCAAGCUGCUGCUCCGAGUGGAGCCUUUCCUUAAUUCAGACAAGGGGUCUUUUAUCCCUGAUAGCUACAGAAAUGUCAAAGACACCUCUGUAAAUUUUACUCUUGCAGGUUUCGCUAAGAUAAUGAGGAGGUUCCAAAAGUAUCACAAGUCACUGUGUGAGACCACUAACACACACUGUAGGGAUGCUAAAGAUGAGCUAGAGAUGGACAGAGGAAGGCCGUGUAUAACAGCUCUUUGGACAACCACUGGCACACUCAACACAGAGGCUCAGGGAGGCUCACAUUCAUCCAGCGUGCAUAUGCCUCAAAAGCCUGAAAGCACAGAUAUCCUUGACUCAUCAUGGCAGGAAGUGUCCUUGAAAAGUUCAGGCUCUCCUCAGCCCAGCAGCAGUUAUACAGGAAGCAGUGCUAUUGGACAUAGAGAGGGAGCGACCAAUCAGAGCUGUCUACCCACAGAAGUUGAUGAAGAAAGGUCAGACGACAAGUCAUGGUCUCCUGAUGAAAACAAGAAGCGAAACUUACAGGGUUGUAACUCUGGUGUCAAUUCUGCACCACCUGCCACUUCCUCCUCCAACAUAAGCAGGGAUUCAGAAAACCUUGAGAUGAUAAAAGCUGAAAUAGAAACGCUGACCUCUGAAGAGGACGUGGUGUCUGAUGCUCGUGAGGCAAUAGCUGAAGAAUCAGAAUCAGAAAGGGUUUUAUUGCCAAAUGUUGAGCAGGUUUACAACAUUAGGAAAUUGCUGCGGUACUUAGUGCAAACAUAAUGUUAUACAAUGCUUAAAUAGACAUAAAAAUAAGAAUUAAAAGUGCUAAGAGGAUAGAUAUGUACAUGAGUGCAGGUGGUGAUCAGUGCCAGACAUGGAAUGAUGCAGUGAACACAGUGUAGGGUCAUGUGUUAUUGGUGGGAACAGUCAUAUGGUUAUUGUUCAUGAGUCCAACAGCAGAGGGGAAGAAACUGUUCUUAUGGCGAGACGUUCUGGUGCGAAUGGACCGGAGCCUCCUACCUGAGGGGAGCAGGUCAAACAGACUGUGUCCAGGGUGAGAAGGGUCAGCUGUGAUCCGAGCUGCACACCCCAGUGUCCUGGAGGUGUACAGGUCCUGCAGAGAUGGGAGUUUGCAGCCAAUCACCUUCUCAGCAGAGCGCACAAGGAGUAGUGCAGUCCUUAUCCCAGCUAUCUAUAACAUCCUCUUGCUCCCUUGGGGACAGUUUCGGUUCCCAGUCAUCAUGGGAAAAACUUUCAGCUGAUCUGAAUUCUUCCACAUACAGGAACCCACAACCAAGUAGUAUUUCCAAAGCAGGAACUUGCCAAAACAGCGAUUCACCAGAUUCAGAUGGGAGCUUCUUCAUUUGUGAAACGGUCGAUUUUGAAACAAACGAUUCCCCUUCUGAUCACAUAAACAGUAAAGAGUAAAAAACAGAAAAUAUGUGCUUUAUCAAACCACAACUGAUCAAAAGCCCCAAAGUUUACCAAAAUGUGGAAACUGAAGUACAACCUGCAACAAACAGCACUUUAGCAAUGCAAAAUAAUCCAUCUCAAGCUGUCACAGAACUGUUACCUGUCACUGAAACCUCUACAAAGAGUUCAUUUGGAGUCCUGGAGGUGAACCAGAGUUGUUGUCAACAAACUGCAGUGCAGAAUGUGCCCCAGAAGAAGAACUCCAUGUGCUACAGCUGCCUAGACCCAAGCACUGUAGCUGAUGCUGUCCCUAUGAAACCAUUCUUGUUGUCACAACGGGAUUACCAAGCCCUUCUGGCUGGCAUUUGCAAUGAUUGUCUGCUGAAGAGGUUGCACAAUGAUGAGAAAAAAUUCAAGUUGGAGCAGUACAAAAGUGCCCACAGUAAGUUUACAUUCCUGCUAUUUCUUUGUCACCAUCAGUACUUUCUUUCAGCUACAGAAGAACUAUGGCUCUAGGGUGUCAGCAUCAUUCUGUCACUCUAGAUAAAAAUAUCUUAAAUGUAAAACAUAUUAUUUAUGAUCACGCGUUGGAUGGAUUACUGUGAAAUUUUAAACACUCACAUUCCCCAUCUCCAAACGAUAUAUUUUACUGUCACUUUCCCUGUAGUGACACCAUGAUGUUCACAUUUGCUGUUUUGAGUGAGGUGUCUCAACAGCGACUGGAUGGAUUCCAGCAGAGUUUGGCACAGAUAUUUAUGUUCAGCACUCGUGAUAUUUCCAUUGCUUUGAUUUCAUUUUGGAGCAUUUUUUCCAGUUCCCCAUGAUUGCAUGAUUCACAUUUAUGACAUUCCUUAUUUUCUUUCUACACUGGGCUGCGCCUCACUUCAUACAUAGCCGUUCUGACUCCUUUAACCCUCCCUCACUUUCUUCUGAUUAGCUGCACUCUCAUGAAUAGGAGGUUUAAAAUCAUAUAAGUAGGGAUUCUGUGCUCACACCUGCUAUAUAUAUCAUACAGAUCUGCCUAUAUAAGAAUCAGACCAUUUACCAUCUUCACAGAUGGCUUGGCUUUAUUUUCCUAUUCAAUGGGCUACAUCCAUCCAUUUCCUUCCACUUAUCUGGGACCAGGUUGCAGGGGCUGCAGCCUAAGCAGGAAAACCCAGAUCCCCUCUCUAGCUACCAUGUCACAUCUGCUGCUUAUCACUGAACAUAAUAUUGUGACAUGACAAAGAUUAGUAGUCAUCCAUUUAUUUUUCCACAGGAUGGGUGACAGCCAACGGCAAAGGACUGACCUACCUCACUGACCCACAGAUUCACUCCACCAGGAUCCCUAAGGGUCCUUCUAACUUUGCUGCCAGAGGGCUCAGUUUGUUCCUGAAAUAUCAACAUGGACCUGAGUGCAAUCAGAUUUGCCACCUCCUCAAACUACCUCCACUGGACCCAAACUCAAACGUUUCUCCUCAAAAACUUUGAGAUGUUGGACACUAUUUAUUGCUAUCCACAAAAAAUUAAAAAUUAAUUAAGGGGCUUGUUUUGGCAAUUUUAUGGAACUGACUUUCAUACUGUUUUCCUUUUUUUAAAAUGUACCGAUAAAUGCAUUUUGCACACACAAAUCGUAAUCUUCAGAAAUAAGGAUUUAAACACUGUUGUGCAGUUGUCGUUUGUUUUAAUCGUUCAUAUUGCUAUUAACUUUUCUUGGAAUACUAGAAGUGUAACAAAUUUACAAAGAGCUUUUGGGUGCUACAUUUAGUUACAAGAGAUAAGAGAUCAUUCUUUCAUAAGAGAAUGAUCUGAAAAGAUAAAUGCAACAAAAUUAUUUAUGUGGUUUCAUUACUGUCAGCAGAUUAUCAAACAGUUAACAUCUUAGGCUCUUUUUGUCAGGUGGUCAAAAAUCUCACACCUGACAGGAUUUUUUGUUAUUGUACCUUUUUUUUUUUUUUGUUGGAAGUCACAAAAAACAUGUGACUGCAGUCACAAGGAAACAUGAUUUGAUAAGAGAAAAAAUAUUUUUGAAAAGAUGUUAUCCAUCACUGUCUCCUCUCUAUGAGUGGAUUGCUGCCUAACUGGAAAGAGAGUUUUGCAGUGAAUCACCUGAUGCUGUUUGAAGUCGUUUUGAAUGCUAUUAUGGAAGAUUUUAAGUAGUAGUUUGUCCUUUUAGUGGGAUAUAAAAACAUGUCAUGUUAGCUGUUAAGCUUAUUUGCAAAAGUGGUUAGCACUGUCGGCUCAUAGCAAGAAGAGUCCUGGGUUCGGAUAAGUCUGGGGCCUUUAUGUGUGGCGCUGUCCCCCAAUCAACUCCUUUUGGACUGAAAAAUGAUCCAAUAUCCCGGGCUGUAAAAUCCCUCUAUCGCUGUGCUUGCUCGGUAAUGUUGCACAACUUGACAAAAUGUCUCAUAAUGCACAUCCGCAUAACCACACAAUGUGUUCAUGCACAUAUGACUCCCACACAAUUCUAAUGACAUAUAAAAUAUGCAAAUAUGUGCAA